CUACAGGAGUUCGUCCCACAUGCCCUUUGCAAUUACGACGAAUCCCCCGGCAACACAGAUCAACGAGACAACGCUCGCAUACCCAUACAGUGUCCAGGGCAGAAAUUCAAAGAAGACCUUGGCAGCCCCAACCCUCGGCCCAUCUGGGCUGAUGACAAGGAUCACCACCCAGAUUGGAGCGUAGACAACGGCCGAAGUGAGCAUGACCUUAUUGAAGAGGCGCAUCAUCGCCACAGCACCUGUCAUGCAGACCAGGAGAGGACAGAAAACACGCGUCUAUCUGUGCGCGUGUUUUUUCUACUGUCAAGAUUGAUGUCGACACUGGGCAGUUGAAUGCUGCUCAGCGACUCUGCAUGGAAACACCGAUAGACAGACACACAGCACCUGUCUUGUGCAUAUUUCGCCCAAAGUCGCACUAACAUCGCAUCAGCUCCCCCAUGGAUGGCGCCCUCAAGUCCCUCUCCUCCUGCAACCGUUGCAGUUGUGUCUUCAGGUCAUUGAGCUGCUCCUGCAGUGUCCUGAUGUGCUCGAGCGACGCCCUUUCCCUCUUCUCGGACCUCGCCAGGCGGUCAGCCAAGGGCAAGCUGGCGUCAUCUUCCCACUGAGUGAGUGCAUGGACAAAAGCAGAUCAUCCAUCCAUUGGAUGCAUCAGAUCAAGUCGCGGGCUACAUGCUUGCCUGUGUCCGCUUGUCGCUCGGCGGUUGUUUGCCAUGGCUGCGCACGACGGCCCGUACUGCCGCAUCCAU